ACCAUAAGUAUCCGUUCCUGGCUCGAACUUAGCUCCAACAUGAAGUUUGCAUUCGCUUUUCUGGCCCUCGUUGUCGCUGUCCAGGGCCGCAGCACAGGCUUGGACGCUCCCAUCACUGCUGUGUCGUUGGCUGAGAACCCAUGGGUGGUGCACCUCCGCAUUGCCUACAACUUCGGCGAUGGUCAGCUCAAAAGCUGCGUCGGCUCCCUCAUUAAUGAGCGUUGGGUGCUCACAUCCACCGCCUGCGUAAUGAACCUUCGCUACGCUUGGAUUCGGUAUGGAGCCGCUAACGUGAACAACCCCGAGCUGGUAACUGAGACUUCGUCUUCGCGUUUCAACAACAGGGUCGGUCUCAUCCGCAUCAACAGCGAAAUCGAGUUCACACCGACUAUCAGCCCCGUGGAGCUGGCGACAGCCAGAGACGAGCUGCCUGAGACCGGCACGCUCUGCGGCUACGGUGCGCAGGAAGACGGAUCCGCCGGCGAAACUCUGAGCUGCUUCGAGUUCACACUGUCAGAGCGUCGGCACGACGUGUUCGAAGGCACCAGCGACGUACAGACCACUGUACACGACAUCGGCGCUCCUCUGGUGAGCAACGGCAAGCAAAUAGGAAUCCUCGUAACUCCCGCUCAGAGUGGUUCCCCUGCCUUGUUCGCGAGCGUUGGCGCAUACAAAGUCUGGAUUGACUUCGAGACUGGAUUCCCCUUUUAAAAUGAAAGAACCUAAAUAUAUGUUCCCGUUGAAAUA